AUGUCCAGCGAGCAGACAACCGUCAUUGGGUUGUCCAUUUCUAUGCCGCUCAUCGCUACCCUUGUUGUCGGACUCCGUGUCUAUACCCGCGUCUCGCUCAAGAGGCUUCGGCUCCAGGCCGACGACUACUUGAUCAUGGGGUCUUUGGUGUUUGGGUACGCCGUGUCGGUCUGUUCUUUACUGGCUGUUUACCUUGGCGGAGUUGGCAACCAUCUAGAGCUCGGUGAAAAUGGCCGGAUACAGCACCCACGCGAAUACGAGGCAUUUGCCAAGACAUUAUGGGUCUUGGAAUUUGUCGUCGCCAUCUCGCUGGGUAUGGCCAAGUUGAGCAUCUUGUUCCUCUACAAAAAGAUAUUUUCUGUAUCGCGGAUAUUUGAAUUCGCAGCCUGGACCAUGAUUGCCAUCGUGUCGAUCGGUACGGUUGGCAUCUUCUUCGCGAACUUGCUCGUUAUCCUGACGAUGCCGUGGCCACAGAUCUGGAACCUUCGCAUGUCGACCUCAACGAAGAUCCAGGUUGUGACCGUCUUUGUUCUCGGUUAUUUCGUUAUCGGUGCGGAUAUUGCCCGCUGCGUGCUGACCGUCCCCGUCCUCGAGUCGUCCAACACCGAGCUCGACUGGACAUAUACUCGGGCGCCCGUUGUGUACUGGACCGUCAUCGAAACCGACGUUUCCAUCAUCAGCGCCACUCUACCAACGCUGCGGCCGCUCCUCUUGAAGUGGAAGGUUAUUAAAUCGACCAUGACGGGAUCUCACAGCAACCCACACCCUCAGACCCUUCGUCCUUACCCAACACGUGCUACCCAACACGUGCAUAAUCAGGACUACCACCUCGCCUAUAUCUUCCGCGAUGGCAGCCUAGACCGGAACUGA